GAUCAUCCUUCCUCAUCCAUCAUUCUCAUAAGUAGAGCGCAUCAUUUAAGCCAAGCAAGCAGUGCUCAAUACAAAUCCACCAUGAAGACCUUUCUCAUCCUUGCCCUCCUUGCUAUUGUAGCAACCACCGCCACAAUUGCAGUUAGAGUUCCAGUGCCACAAUUGCAGCCACAAAAUCCAUCUCAGCAACAACCACAAGAGCAAGUUCCAUUGGUACAACAACAGCAAUUUCCAGGGCAGCAACAACCAUUUCUACCACAACAGCCAUAUCCGCAGCCGCAACCAUUUCCAUCACAACAACCAUAUCUGCAGCUGCAACCAUUUCCGCAGCCGCAACUACCAUAUCCGCAGCCGCAACCAUUUCGACCACAACAACCAUAUCCACAACCACAACCACAGUAUUCGCAACCACAACAACCAAUUUCACAGCAGCAGCAGCAGCAACAACAACAACAACAACAACAACAGAUCCUUCAACAAAUUUUGCAACAACAACUGAUUCCAUGCAGGGAUGUUGUAUUGCAACAACACAGCAUAGCGCAUGGAAGCUCACAAGUUUUGCAACAAAGUACUUACCAGCUGGUGCAACAAUUGUGUUGUCAACAGCUGUGGCAGAUCCCCGAGCAGUCGCGGUGCCAAGCCAUCCACAAUGUUGUUCAUGCUAUUAUUCUGCAUCAACAACAACAACAACAACAACAACAACAACAACAACAACAACAGAUCCUUCAACAAAUUUUGCAACAACAACUGAUUCCAUGCAGGGAUGUUGUAUUGCAACAACACAGCAUAGCGCAUGGAGGCUCACAAGUUUUGCAACAAAGUACUUACCAGCUGGUGCAACAAUUGUGUUGUCAGCAGCUGUGGCAGAUCCCCGAGCAGUCGCGGUGCCAAGCCAUCCACAAUGUUGUUCAUGCUAUUAUUCUGCAUCAACAACAACAACAACAACAACAACCGUUGAGCCAGGUCUCCUUCCAACAGCCUCAACAACAAUAUCCAUCAAGCCAGGGCUCCUUCCAGCCAUCUCAGCAAAACCCACAGGCCCAGGGCUCUGUCCAGCCUCAACAACUGCCCCAGUUUGAGGAAAUAAGGAACCUAGCGCUAGAGACGCUACCUGCAAUGUGCAAUGUCUAUAUCCCUCCAUAUUGCACCAUUGCUCCAGUUGGCAUCUUCGGUACUAACUGAGAAGAGAAGAACUCUAGUAGUAGAUAUAUGAUACACCGUUUUCUUAGUCCAUGGUUUGGUCGUUGUAGCGGUGAAAAAAUAAAGUGACAUGCACUAUCAUGUA